AUGCGUCAAAUGCAGCUUCUCUACCUAGCUGUUAUUUUAUUUUAUGCAAUCUCAGAUUUUUCAUCUGCUGCGGUAACUGUUCGUGUUCUGACGCCGGCCCCACGAAAGACCUCUCCCUCACCAGCCGAAAUUGUAUGGGGUGAAACUGUUUAUGCUAUUAGUAGUCCGAAUGCGAAACCACAUAUCUAUACGUAUGUGGAUGGUUCAGCUAAUCCACUAAAUCUUCCUCAAACAGAAAACCUAGAAAAAUCAGAAGUCUUGAAUACUGCAGAUUCCAACACUCGUUUAUGGCCGGAUUAUGAAAGCAUAAAUGAAGAAACGACAACGAUAAAGUCAGAUAGUGAUGAACAGUACCACUUUGUAACUACUGACCCCACGCCUUUCAAAACAGCCGAUUACGAAGAUAGUAUUAGUGUCACUAGUGAGACUGCCGACAGCGAAGAUGUGCCAGAAGACGAACAACCGACGACAUUGCAAGAGAAAUUAGAAAAUCGAACUACCGAAUUAAAGGAAUUUGAGAAAAUCUUGGAUGGGAGAGAGGGAACACUGUUUCCUGAGUUUUCUGAGUCAGCAACGGUUCCGUCUUCAGUCGUGAAAACGUUGGAAAAUCCUACUUUGGCAACAGACAGGAAGGGUUCAAAAUCAUCUUUGACGGAAGAAAGCUUAGAUGAUCAAGAACCAGUUCUAACUGAUUUAAGUAACAACAGUAGCACAUUCAAAACGCAAAUUAGUCCUUUACCUAAUGCUGAUGGCACAAAUGAUGAAACACCAACUGUAGCUGGAACAAAUGAUCGAAUUCCAACAGUUGUGGAUGGAACGUCGUCAAUCAACGAAGGUACGGAAAGUCCAACAGUGCUCCUGAUCACCGAAAAUGACAGUUCAAACGGUAACGGAACGGCAGUGAUAAAUGUUGCAAAACCAACGGGUGAGACUGAGGAACCGGCAGUGAAAAUCGAUAUUCUGGGAAGUACAAGCAGCAUACCAGUUGUUGAGUUCGAAACUAUGACCACAGCAUCAAAUAUUCAGCAGAAUGGUGCAACAAAGAAGUCGUUAUCAGUCUUAGUUUUUUCAUUUAUUUUAUUAUUAAUUAGUUUUGUUAACUUUAUGUGA